CACAAGCUUGUGCUUUGUUGCCAAAAGAUGCCCAGUUAAAUGUCUGAUUGGUUUGGGGGCACCUAGCACAGCCGUCACACUCUCUGUUCCAGGGUUGCUCACCAUGCCUUGUUCGGGACUACAAGAAACCCAGAUUUGAUGCUCCCCUUUACCCCCAAAACCCUAGUUCUCAUUCUCUCGCUUCGUCUAAGAGCUUGUUCCAGUCGGAACCUUCUCUCCCUUGCUCUCUCUGCUGCCACUGCCAUCCGAACCAUGAGCUCCGGGCCGACACAGCGCCAAUUCCAGCUUCGACUCGACCCACUCACCGGAAACUCGGAGUGGGUCAUUAUUGAAGAAGAUGAAGACGAUGGAGGUGAAAUUUUCAAAAAUGCCCAGCAACCCAUUUUGGCUACGACGUCCUAUUUGGACAUGCUCAAUGACUCGCGCAGGAACAGAGCAUACCGUGAAGCCAUCGACAAGGCAAUAACGAAACCUUGCCAUGUUCUUGAUAUUGGUGCUGGAACAGGGUUACUCUCGAUGAUGGCUGCUCGGGCAAUGGCCAUUGGUGACUCAACGACAUGUCGUAAUUCCCAGGGGAUGGUGACGGCAUGUGAGUCUUAUCUUCCAAUGGUGAAGCUGAUGAAGAAAGUUCUGCGACUCAAUGGCUUGGAAAGAAAUAUACGUGUUAUCAACAAGCGCUCGGCUGAACUCAAAGUUGGGGUCGAUAUCACUUCACGUGCUGAUGUUUUGGUAAGUGAGAUACUAGAUUCAGAAUUAUUGGGUGAAGGGCUUAUACCAACUCUACAACAUGCGCACGACAUGUUGUUAGUGGAAAAUCCCAUUACAGUGCCAUAUCGUGCGACUACAUAUGGCCAGCUUGUGGAAAGCACAUUCUUGUGGAAGCUUCAUGAUUUACAUGGUAAUGAGGCAAAAGCAUCAGAUGGCAUUCGUCUUGUUCCAACUGGUUUUGAAAGUAUUCUAUCUGCCAAGUCACAACAAUAUGCCUUUCAUUGUGACGCAAUAGAAAAUGAAAUAAAGCUGCUGUCAGAACCCUUCAAAAUUUUUGAAUUUGAUUUUUGGAAACGGCCAGACAGUCAUGGGGAAACAGAGCUGCUCAUAAAGGCAACUAAUGAUGGUCAAGUUCAAGCUGUAGUUUCAUGGUGGAUACUCCAAUUAGAUUUUGAAGGUAGAAUCUUUUAUUCCACUGCCCCUAGAUGGAUAAACUUGCCAAUGAACACAGGUGCUGGCGAUUGGUGUGACCACUGGAAGCAGUGUGUUUGGUUUGUUCCAGGCAAAGGUAUCAGCAUAUCCAAGGAUGAAGUGGUUCAUUUGCAUGCGGUUCAUAAUGAUAUAAGUAUCUCAUAUAAUCUCAAUACGCAAGUACCAAGAACUGAGGUUAUGUCUUAUGGCUUCAAGGGUGGGGAUUUCCAGCUCAUGCUAUCGCCAGAGAAAAUUGCAAUUUAUGGAGACACCGAAUGGAGGAGUUCCAUGCUAACUGCUAUCAAAAAUGCAUUAAACGGAAGAGUUGAUCCAUUAUGCAUUGUUGCAGAUGAUAGUGUUUUUCUAGCACUUGUCAUUGCACAUCUUUCAAAAACAUCACAUGUGAUCUCAUUAUUUCCUGGGCUGCGGGGAAAGGGUCUCCAAUAUUUGCAAGCUGUUGCUGAUGCAAAUGGUUUCUCAAUGGAUCGUAUUGAAGUUCUUGAAAAGAAGAAAACAUGCUUAUCUAUGCAAGAUACACACCAGCGGAAAGUUGACCUGUUGAUUGGAGAGCCUUUCUAUUCUGGAAAUGAUGGCAUGCUUCCAUGGCAGAAUUUACGGCUUUGGAAGGAACGGACAUUGCUCAACUCUGUCCUCUCUGAAGAUGCAUUAAUAUUUCCUUGUAAAGGGAUAUUAAAGGCCUGUGCAAUGUCUCUUCCUGAUCUUUGGAAUAGUCGUCGUUGUUUGAAUAAGAUUGAAGAUUUUGAACAUUCAGUUAUAAACAACACCUUGGGGGCAUGUGGUGAAUUACCCAACCCACAAGAGGGUCCUUAUUUGCCUUAUUUUAUCUGGCAAUGUGGAGAAUUCAUGAAACUCAGUGAAACAUUUCCAGUUAUGGAGUUUGACUUCUCAAAACAAAUAAGCAAAACAUAUGGAAAAGCCCAGGUAGAAUUUGCUGAGCCUGGUAUAUGCCAUGGAUUUGCAUUUUGGAUUGAUUGGGUGAUGGAUUCUGAGAAUUUCAUUGUGAUAUCUACAGGCCCAGAAAAGAGGUACUGGAAGCAAGGAGUAAAGCUUCUCGCCACGCCUGUGGAAGUUGGAAACCAAAAAUCAAGAAGUACGAGCGAAUGCUGUCAAGCAGUAAUGGAAGCAUCAUUUGACCCCUCAAGUGGUGACCUCAUUGUCAGUCAUUUUUUCUCAUAGUAGCUGCAAAAAGUGGCCAAGACUGCUUGUUUUCAAUGGUUGUUUCACUAAUGUUUGUGGAUUUUGAAAUAUUAGUCCACUUCGUUUCUUCCCUCUGCCGUUUGUUUUGAUCCAAAAUGGAAACUGAAUAUGCUGAUUAUUUUGUUUUUUGUUAUUUAGGAUGGAACCAUUAGUUCAUCAAAGUGACUACUUGAGUGCUGAAUACGUAUUGAAUUGCAUGCAUGAUGAAAUUCAAAAUUUGUGUUCUAAUAAAUCUUUAUCAACUUUUUAUUA